CCACAACAAUCAAUUGCUCUUUAUUAUAAAACACCUAAUUUUAUGUUUUACCUUAUUAUUCUGUAAGAUUAGUUCAGUGAGUUAUAAUGAUCUUUAAAUUAGUGCUAGCAUCACUGUUAAUCACUGGUUUGAAAGCAGUUUACGUAAAAAAACUGAGUAGGAACAAUGUAGAAUCUAUAUCCUCACUAUCACCAUCACCAAUUCCCAAUGAUUCGGAUGGAAUUAUUACCAAAGUAAAACCCAGUAACAUGCUUUUAAAACUGGUAGACGAAGUAGGGCAUGGUUCUUCGGAUAAAAUCUACCGUAAGAAAUAUAACAAUACUCUAAACACGGAAAUUUGUUGGAAAGAAAUUGUGUAUGUUAAGGAAAGCAAAGAGUCUGAGGAUGACAGAUACGCUUGGAGAAUAGUGGAGAUAAGUUUUGACUAUCCAAGUGAAAAGAAUCAAAAUUUCGACAAUAUCGAGGAGGAAGAAACCCAGAAAACUUUCAAAUUACAAUUUCCCGAUAGCAGAGGAUUUCAACAAAUAAAUUUGCAUGUUGUAAAGGAAACAGAAAACUUUACACUUUACCGAUGUAUUACUAGAUUUCACUGUUCAUCAGGCAAUUUCUUAACCAAAACAUAUUACGAAUGGCCAGAAAAUGGUCAAACGAAAUUGGUUUUAAAACUUAGCACCUCUGAAGAAGUUUUUGACAGUGAUGAUUUGGAAAUCGGAGGCACGCCAGAAGAUUUUAUUUAUCAAAAUAGAAACCAAUCUGAAGAUGAAAAUAUGGCUGGUGAAAAUAGCACAUUAGAAGAUAUAAUAUUAAAAGAGGAGGAAGAUUUCGAAAACUAUGAAACAACUCCGAUAGAUUUUCAACAGAACAAGAUGAGUAGUAAUAAUCAACCGAACUUCAGUGAUUUGUCAAAGGAAAUACCGAUAUUACAAGAGAACGCUAAUAAUAUUAAUCCAAACACUAAAAACCGGAAGGAUAAAAGUGGGAACCAGUCAAAGAAUAAAAUAAAUGGCAAUAAUAAGCCUGUAGAAAACAGUAACUUUAGUACGGUAGAACAAUCUAGUACUCAACCGUAUCAGAAUGAUUUUCCAAAAGAAACAAAAGAAGAGCAAGGGAAAACAAAUAUCGAUCAAAAUAAAACAAAGAUAAGUAGUGGAAAUGAUCAAGAGCCAAUAAAUGACGGCGCCCAAGAUAUUGUUAAUGAAAAUCCACAACAAAAUGAUCAAAGCUCAGAUAAUAGUAAUCUUGGAAUGACGUCUUCGCCAGAAGGGAUAAACGAAGAAACCAAUAUUUCAAAUGAGGAUCCUGACAUGGACUUUUCCAAUGAAGAAAUAAAUGACAACGAUGAAGAUACUCCAGUCACAAGUACACUCCUGCUUAAAGACGAAUACGUAACAGAACUACUUAAGCGGGACCACUCAAAUGCCGAACCAAACGCCGAAAACCAAUCCAAUGCCUCGAAAAACUCCGGGUCGAAUUCAUUCGAUACACUGCUGUCAGGUAAGGGAAUACUGCCGGCUCUCUUUAACCUGGGAAAAAACGAGAGAAUCUUUCUGAAAGGCGACAUUGUCGUGAGCAGGAAAUAUUACGACAAACGGAAUAACAGCGAAAUUGAAGAGCCUUUGUAUAUUAUUCACGAGGGAGCGCAAAUAGAACACUACAGAGGAAAUGCUACAAAAUAAUAUUGUUCGAGUAGAUGUAACGUUUCUAAAUUUUUAAUA